AUGACUAUGACAAAGCGCGUCAAACAACGUCAGAUUAAAAAAAAACGACCCCAGACCAACACUUUUUCAGUUAAAAAACGGUAUAGGAGGGUUCAAGGAAAUAGUAAUGGGGUUAAAAUAUUGCAUUCACAUUAUAAAGGUUGGAGCUCAAGUACAAUGUAUAUUAAUGAUGAGUUGAAGGAUUUCAGCCUCAUUUCAAGUGACUCCCCAUUUCAAGAUUAACAUGCUAAUUUACUGAAGUCCAAUACUGGAUUUAUUUUGCCAAGAAAAAUACUAAGAAUAUCUAGAAAUUGAUAAUUUGCAAUUGCAGUUUGCCAUCUAAGUGAUCUGCGGCUUUACAGAGCAGAGGCAAUGAAAGGAAAUUGACCAAAAUUAUCUCUGUCGGGGAUGGAAAAGUCAUCAUUUUCUUGAGAUAAAAUCGAUUAUUCUUUAAAAGCUCUAUAAAUUGAUUGAUUGACUGAUAGUUCGGUUUAACAGCAAUAUUAACAAAGUAUCAGGCAGAAAUGAUGGAAAAUGCUUUUCAUCCAGAUGCAUAUAUUUUCAAAGAAGGUGUUGUUGAUGUGAAUAGUCCUGUGGAAGGAAUAGCAGAAAUGAACGAGCAUGGAGAAUAUUUUUAUGAUGCUUUUAUUGAAAAUAUUGACAAAUAUCAGUUUAAUAAGAUACUUGAUGUAGGUGUGUAUCCUUCGCCUUUUUAUAUGUUCUAUCAAAUACGGAACGAGUUGAAAAAACAUUUUCAGUUUCAUGAUGAUAUACAGAAUGCUGCUUAUGAAGCUAUGGAGCAGUGUACAGAGAAGAUUAGGGAGAAGUAUGAUGGGAAGAAAAUAGUUAAAAUAGCUGUUCACGCCAGAAGAGGAGAUUAUUUAAAUUCUAAGGAUGUUAAAAAAAAGGAAAUCAUGGCUGAUGAUGAAAUGUGGAUAGAAUACUUUUUUUAUUGUAUUAACAUAUUUAGGUAUAUAUAUUUUUUACAGUGCACUUUGCUUCAAUCAAUUGAAAAUCCGUAA